AUGCUUAGAUCUCGUGUCGUAUUGCGGGCAGCCGCCAAGACUGCUCGGAUCAGAGUUCCCCUGGUGGCAGUGGCUCCUACUCGGUUUUUGGCGACCACCGCCGAUACUUCGCUGGACCACUACGCUAAGGUAUACAACCCUCCCGUAUCCUAUGCCGGUUUGGACACUUUCACUCGUCGCCACAUCGGUCCCAAGCCUGACCAAGUGAAGCACAUGUUGACCACUUUGGGCUACAAGGACAUCGACGAGUUUUUGAAGGCGUCGAUCCCCGAACACGUGCUUGUGAAGCGUCCCCUUCAAGUGGCGCCGCUUGACGGUUACACCGAGCUGGAAAUGCUCGCCCACUUGCACGACAAGGCCGGCAAAAACCGCAUUGCUCGUUCGUUUAUCGGUAAAGGUUACGCCGGUACUCACUUGCCCCCGGUGAUCCAACGCAACUUGUUGGAACUGCCCGAAUGGUACACUUCUUACACUCCCUACCAACCGGAAAUCUCUCAGGGGAGAUUGGAGUCGUUGCUCAACUACCAGACCAUGGUCACCUCGUUGACUGGGUUGGACAUGGCCAACGCGUCGCUUUUGGACGAAGGUACCGCCGCCGGUGAGGCGAUGGCGUUGUCGUUCCACCAGCUGAAGAACAAGAAGAAGACCUACGUCGUCGACACCAACAUCCACCCGCAAACCUUGGACGUGUUGCAAUCGCGGGCCGACAACAUUGGCGUCAAGGUGGUGAAGUUGCCCUUGCUGACUCCCGAAGGGCUCAAGGAGCUUGAGGCUCUUGGUAAGGAUGUGUGUGGGGCGCUUGUGCAAUACCCGGGGACCGACGGGUCGAUCCACGAGUUCGCUGACGUCAUCAAGACCGUCCACGCUAAUAAGGGUCUCGUGGCCAUGGCCACUGACUUGUUGGCGCUUACUUUGCUCAAAUCGCCGGGUGAAUUGGGUGCCGACAUUGCCUUGGGUACCUCGCAACGGUUUGGUGUUCCCUUUGGCUACGGUGGUCCCCACGCUGCCUUCUUUGCCACUUCGCAAAAGUACGCCCGUAAGAUUCCUGGCAGAAUCAUCGGUGUCUCCAAGGACCGUAUCGGCAAGCCGGCGUUGCGGUUGGCUUUGCAAACCCGUGAACAACACAUCAAGCGGGAAAAGGCCACGCUGAACAUCUGUACCGCUCAAGCGUUGCUUGCCAACAUCUCGGCGAUGUACGCUGUGUACCACGGGCCCGAAGGCUUGAAGAACAUCGCUAAGCGUGUUUACGGUUUCACCACCAUUUUGGCCGACGCCAUUGCCAACCAACUGAACCACCAAGUGGUCAACGACAAGUGGUUCGACACUAUCACCGUUAAGCUCUCCGGGGUGCUGGCCAAUGACUUGCUCAAGACCUUGUUGGACGAAUACAACAUCAACAUCUUCAAGGUGGACGACCUGACGGUGUCGGUGACGUUGGACGAGACCGUGACCAAGGAAGAGUUGGAACAAUUGAUCAAGGCCUUCACCGGCAAGGACGCUCAGCUCCCCGCCGAAUUGCCACAAUUGCCCCAAGAAGUUUUGCGUAAGGACCCGAUUUUGACCCACGAAGUGUUCAACACUCACCACUCGGAAACCGCCCUCUUGCGCUACUUGCACCUCUUGCAGCUGAAGGACUUGUCGUUGGCCAACCUGAUGAUCCCCUUGGGUUCGUGCACGAUGAAGCUUAACGCCACGGUUGAAAUGCAAACUUUGCUGAUGCCCGGUUUUGGCCAGAUCCACCCCUUCGUCCCUAAGGACCAAGCUCAAGGUUACAAGGAAUUGAUCGACGAGUUCGAAAAGGACUUGAACGACAUCACUGGUUUCGAUGCUACCACCAACAUGCCUAACCUGGGGGCUCAAGGUGAGUACACCGGGUUGCUGCUUAUCCGUGAAUACCACCGCUCUCGUGGCGACUACGACAAGCGCGACGUGUGCUUGAUCCCCGUGCUGGCUCACGGCACCAACCCUGCCUCUGCCGCCAUGUGUGGCCUCAAGGUGGUUCCCGUCAAGUGCUUGGACAAUGGGUUCAUCGACAUUGAAGACUUGAAGAAGCAAGCGGAAAAGCACCGCGACAGCUUGUGUCUGAUUAUGAUCACCUACCCCUCGACCUAUGGUUUGUACGAGCCUGGUAUUCGUCAAGCCAUCGACAUUGUUCACGACAACGGUGGUUUGGUGUACUUGGACGGGGCCAACAUGAACGCUCAGGUUGGUCUCACCUCCCCUGGUGACUUGGGCGCUGACGUCUGCCACUUGAAUAUCCACAAGACUUUUGCUUUGUCUCACGGUGGUGGUGGUCCCGGCCAAGCCCCCGUGUGUGUCAAGCUGCACUUGGUGCCCUUUUUGCCUAAGCACCACUUUGUUGAGGUGCCUCACGUCACCAACGAAUCGAUCAAGGCCGUCAACUCGGCUCCUUUCGGGCUGGCGUCGGUGAUCCCUGUGUCCUACACUUACAUCAAGAUGUUGGGGGCUAAGGCUUUGCCCUACGUGUCACUGGUGGCCAUGCUUAACGCCAACUACAUCAUGAAGCGCUUGCAAGGUGCGUACCAAAUCUUGUUCAUCGACGGCGAAACCGACGGGUUGCGUCACUGCGCCCACGAGUUCAUCUUGGACCUCCGUGAGUUCAAGAAGGUGGGCAUUGAAGCCAUUGACGUGGCGAAGCGUUUGCAGGACUACGGGUUCCACGCCCCCACCAUGUCGUUCCCCGUUGCUGGUACUUUGAUGAUUGAACCCACCGAGUCGGAAGACUUGGCUGAGUUGGAUCGUUUCAUCGCCGCCAUGUUGCUGAUCCGGGAAGAAAUUGACGCUUACGCUAAGGGUGAACCCUGGGGUCAAGUGCUUAAGAACGCCCCUCACUCGUUGGAAGAUGUUGUGGCCUCGAAGGACUGGGACACUCGUGGUUACACCCGUGAACAAGCGGCCUAUCCCUUGGGCUACUUGAAGACCGCCAAGUGCUGGCCCACUGUGGCUCGCUUGGACGACACCUACGGUGACAUGAACUUGAUUUGCACUUGUCCUUCUGUGGAGGAAUUGGCUGAAAAAGAGUAG